GAACACAUCUGAAUUCCUUCUUUGUGGCAUGUGCUUCUGCAGAGGAAGAGACAGCUCUUGGCCAGGGUCAGAUUUCAAGAUUUCUUCUGUUGGUAUCAAUACCACAACCAGAUUCUUCUUUGCAGUCAACUUUUAAGAUCUUCCUUGAUUAUAACUUGGUGUCUGAAGAUAAAGACAAGUGCUACUGGUCAUCAUUUUCUUCAGGAAUUCAUAGAGUAUUCCCUCUCAGCAAAGUAUCUGCUUUACUGAACUUUGUUUUUAGAGACAUCUUCUCCGGAAUACCUGGUUGAAAUUAACUGUCUGGUGCCAUACUUCUCAUCAUGGAGGGUCCACAGGUGAAGAACUUUGCAGUUUGGGAUUAUGUUGUAUUUGCAGCCCUCUUUGUCAUUUCCUCUGGGAUUGGAGUGUUCUUUGCCAUCAAAGAGAGGAAAAAGGGAACUUCCAGGGAGUUCUUGGUGGGGGGAAGGCAACUGAGCUUUGGCCCUGUGGCCUUGUCUCUUACAGCCAGCUUCAUGUCAGCAGUCACUGUGCUGGGGACCCCUUCCGAGGUUUAUCGCUUUGGGGCAUCCUUCGUGAUAUUCUUCAUUGCAUAUACUUUUGUCAUCAUCCUCACAUCAGAGCUCUUCUUGCCUGUGUUCUACAGAUCUGGAAUCACCAGCACUUACGAGUACUUGCAACUACGAUUCAACAAACCAGUUCGCUAUGCAGCAACAGUCAUCUACAUCUUGCAGACGAUUCUUUACACAGGAGUGGUGGUGUAUGCUCCCGCUCUGGCACUCAAUCAAGUGACUGGGUUUAAUCUCUGGGGCUCUGUGUUUGCGACAGGAAUUGUUUGCACAUUCUACUGUACCCUGGGAGGAUUAAAAGCAGUGGUAUGGACAGAUGCAUUUCAAAUGGUUGUCAUGAUUGUGGGCUUCUUAACAGUCCUCAUUCGAGGAUCGACUUAUGCUGGCGGAUUGCACAAUGUAUUAGAGCAUGCAACAAAUGGAUCUCGACUAAAUAUAUUUGACUUUGAUGUAGAUCCUCUCAGGCGGCACACUUUUUGGACCAUCUCAGUGGGAGGAACUUUUACAUGGCUUGGGAUCUAUGGCGUUAAUCAGUCAACCAUUCAACGAUGUAUCUCUUGCAGAACAGAAAUGCAUGCUAAGCUUGCCCUGUACUUCAAUUUGCUGGGUCUCUGGAUCAUCCUUGUGUGUGCUGUCUUCUCUGGACUGAUUAUGUACUCCUACUUCAGAGACUGUGACCCUUGGACUGCUGGAUUUAUUUCAGCACCAGACCAGCUGAUGCCUUACUUUGUCAUGGAAAUAUUUGCCACAAUGCCAGGACUGCCAGGGCUUUUUGUGGCUUGUGCCUUCAGCGGAACUCUGAGCACCGUGGCUGCCAGCAUCAAUGCCUUAGCAACAGUGACCUUUGAGGAUUUUGUCAAGAACUGUUUUCCCCAUCUCUCCGACAAGCUGAGCACCUGGAUCAGUAAAGGCUUAUGUAUCUUGUUUGGCGUGUUAUGUACCUCCAUGGCUGUGGCUGCUUCCCUCUUAGGGGGCGUCGUGCAGGCUGCCCUUAGCAUCCUCGGCAUGUGUGGAGGACCAAUGCUUGGCUUGUUCACACUGGGGAUUGUAUUCCCUUUUGUGAACUGGAAGGGUGCACUUGGUGGUCUUCUAACUGGAAUCACCUUGUCAUUUUGGGUGACCAUUGGAGCCUUCAUUUACCCGGCACCAGACUCCAAGACGUGGCCCUUGCCUUUGUCAACAGAUCAGUGUGUUUUAUCAAAUGUUACGAAAUCGGUGCCUCAAGAGCAGUCUACCAGACCGGCCAUAGCUGAUACCUGGUAUUCACUCUCCUAUCUUUACUACAGUGCAGUGGGUUGCCUAGGGUGCGUUAUUGCUGGAGUAUUCAUCAGUUUCAUAACAGGUCUCCAACACGGCAAGGAUAUUCAACCACUAUUAAUUAGACCAGUAGGCAAUUUAUUUUGCUUUUGGUCCAAGAAAUACAAAACCCUAUGCUGGUGUGGAGUUCAGCAUGACAGCGGGACAGAGCAGGAAAACCUUGAGAAUGGCAGUGCCUGGAAACAAGGAGCUGAAUCUGUCUUACAGAAUGGACUCAGGAAAGAAAGCCUGGCCCAUGUGCCUGGCUAUGAUCCCAAGGAUGAAAGUUACACCAAUAUGGCAUUGGAGAAGGUUACCCACUUCUAAGGCAGCCCAUAAUCACACACACAGAUAGACACAGAUACACAUAUUCUACAUACUUUUUGUCUGUUGGUUAGUAGACUUACAUAACUGCCACUGUUAGAAAACAGGGAACACCUCCAAUGUCCAUUUAUACUUAUUUAUAACUACAAAUAGAAUAA